AUGCAAGGUCCCCCGUCAAUGCCAUACCCAUACCCGCCUAAUCACGGGCCGUUCAUGUACCCGGGAGCACCGAUGUGUGACCCCAUGGACCCACACUCCAUGUGGAUGAUCCCACCGCAUUACGACAUGUGUGAAAUUUGCGUGGAAGAACCCUUGAUUACCAACAGGAAGUCCCUCAAUGGUCCAAUGACUGAAGAAGAAAGGGGUGACUUAAUGCGGCGUCGCGCGUCCAGUCAAGGAGACUUUGGAUCAGGACGUCCAGCAAGCGGCCUUUCUCGCAGCGGCAGCUUUUUCUCGGCUGGGUCACGUCGAGGCUCCCUCUCGCGUGGGACGAGCUCCCGCGAGUUUAUUUACGACAUGUACGCCCUGGAGCAGGAGGAGCGCGAAGUCUUCAAGGAGUACUACGGCGAUAUGGCGGACCGCAAGGAGCGCUUCGAGAGAGGCGGGUCAAAGGCCAUUGGCCACCAACGGGACGUUGACGGCAGAUACGCGAACAAACCACGACGCUCAGGAAACCAAAAGCGGAGCGGCUACGGUGGUGUGUCAAGCCACCGCGAGAUCGUCAUGAAGUCAGGCGGCAAGUGGGGUGACAUGGAGCUGCCGCGCAAGACCUCUACGCGGCGCAUCAACAUCCCAGUGGAACGGCCGGGGGUGCCGCGCCUGCCAACGGUUCCCUCCGUCAUACCCGUUGUGGUGGAGGAGACNGCAUCAACAUCCCAGUGGAACGGCCGGGGGUGCCGCGCCUGCCAACGGUUCCCUCCGUCAUACCCGUUGUGGUGGAGGAGACGCCAGAGCCCGUGCAUGUGCUGA